CCUUGUUGAUAUCUCGUCACAAACUACAUACUAUCAACACUAUCAUUCUGAUUUUAAAAUGCACACAAUUGAAAUAGUAACAGAAGGCUAUGGCUUGGGUGAAGGCCCCCAUUGGGAUACAGCAACUCAAAGCCUUUAUUUUGUUGAUAUUUUAGACCAAAGUAUCGUAAAGUAUACCCCAGCAACGAAGAAAGUCGCAAAAGUAUCAGUUGCACCGAAAACCGCUUCAUUUAUAAUCCCAGUCGAAGGAAAAAAGGACCAAUUUGUAAUUUCACUAAAUAACGAAUUAGUCAUUAUUUCGUGGAAUGGUGAGAGUGAUAAAAUACAAAUCGUCGAAAACUUAGCCACUGUGRAUAAUAUUUUCAACGAUGCUAAAUGUGAUUCCGAAGGCCGUUUGUGGGCCGGUGGCCAAACUUUGAACAAAGAUGAUUUUAUGAAAAGUGAACCUUUGGGCCAUUUAUAUUCCUUGGAUUCUAACAAGCAAUUAAAAAAAUGUUUGGACAAAAUCCGAAUUGCAAACGGAUUGGCUUUUAACGAAAAGGCAAAAAAAAUGUAUUACAUCGACUCUUUAACAGGGACAAUAGAUCAAUUUGAUUUCGACGUAAAAACUGGGACGAUAUACAACAGAAAAGUUUUAUUCACGUUGAAAAAAAAUAAUGUACCGGGUACUGCCGAUGGUAUGACUAUAGACACCGAUGAUAAUCUAUGGGUGGCAGUUUUUGAGGGUAGCCGAGUGCUUAAAAUCGAUGGCAGUAAGAGUGAAACAUUGCUAGACACCGUAAAUAUGGCUGCACAACAGAUAACUUCUGUAACUUUCGGGGGCCCUAAUUUGGACGAAUUAUUUGUUACUACAGGACGGUUAGAAAUCGGAGAGAAGAAAUUGCCAGCGCCCGUCAAUGGGGCCACUUAUAGAGUCACAGGGACCGGAGCCAGAGGACUCCCCGGAGUCAACUUCAAACUGAAUUAAUUUUAUAAUUUAUUUAACAUUAAGUCUAUACAAUAAUAAAAAAAAGAGUAAACUGAAGUAAA